AAACUUUGUUAUAAGAAACAUCAAUAAAUUGGAGAACAGAAGAACUCCACAACCCAGAAUUGGAAACCAAAUUUGGUUGGCUUAAUUAUUUGAAGGAAAACAAGAUGUCCGGCGGUAUUCCGGUGAAUGCAGGCAACGGAACCCCAUGGUCCACCGGCCUCUGUGACUGCUUCGACGACAUGAGAUCAUGUUGUUGUACGUUAUGGUGUCCAUGCGCGUCUUUCGGAAAAGCUGCCGAGAUCAUAGAUGAAGGAUCAAGUUCCUGUUUGGGUCAGGCAUUGCUUUUCAGUGUGAUAGCUUGCUUUACGCCCUGCAUAUUCCUUUAUACUUGCUAUUAUCGUUCCCGACUGAGGGCAAAGUAUCAGCUUCAAGAAACCCCCUGCAACGAUUGCUGUGUUCACUUUUGGUGUUUGAGUUGUGCAAUGUGUCAAGAGCAUCGUGAGCUCAAGAAUCGUGGUUUAGACCCCCAUAUCGGUUGGCAAGGAAACAUGCAGAAACAAAAUUACGGUAUAGAGAUCCCGCCCGUGGUCGAAGGACAAAUGAGACGUUGAAGUUUGAAAGACUUAAAAAGAGUCUUAUGAAAGGGAAGGAAUAAGAAUGGUUGUUUCCCCUCUGCAUUUCUAUGUCGGAAUCUUUAUAUUGAGUUUCUCUUUUCUACCGUUCGUAUGUUCAGGUCAAGUUUUAAUGUAAUAUGGCUGUCAUGGUUUGGAUAGAAUUUCGAGUUCAAUUAGGACCAAUUCUACUA